UUGAAGCGCCCAAAACGAACGCGCCCUUGAUGUUGACGAAACCGUGUACUUCGAUAGUUGUAUUCAAUAUCAAUAACCACUAAAAAAAUGGAGAUACCAGUUACGUAUUGUUUGUGCGGUCGUCCAUACGAUCCUGAGCAAUUUAUGAUACAAUGUGAUGUGUGCAAGGAAUGGUACCAUGGCGGAUGUGUGGGGAUAAAGGAAUACAUGGCUAUAGAAUUUGACAAGUAUCACUGUCCACGUUGUCAAGCCAUGUAUGGUCCCUCGAUAAUGAAAGUUAGAACAAACUGGCAUAGACAUGAUUAUUCUGAAUACAAUGCGGAUACAAAACCUGUUCAAACUGGAACUCCAGUGUUUAUACGAGAGCUGAAGACUAGACACUUUCCCAAGGCUGAUGAAAUUGUGAAGCAUCUAAAGGGGCAGCAAUUAAGUCUUCAAUACUUACAAACAAAUGGUUUUGAAAAUCCUAUCAUUGUCGAUGGGAAAGAAAGUCUCGACAUGACUCUGCCGCCUUCAAAUUUCAGUGUCUUGGAUGUUGAGAACUACAUAGGUGGUGAUCGAUACAUGGAUGUGAUUGAUGUCACUAGACAGAGUAACAUACGUAUGAAGUUGAGAGACUUUGUAGAAUAUUUUAGCACUUCUUGUCGUUCAAGUACAAGGAUACUUAAUGUCAUAAGCCUUGAAUUUACAAACACUAGUCUUUCGCAACUGGUCGAAGCGCCAAGCAUCGCACGCAAGCUGGAUUGGGUAAACUCGGCUUGGCCACGUGACUGGCCUGAUGACAGUGAUAUAAAGCGACCCGAAGUGCAAAAGUAUUGUCUAAUGGGCGUCAGGGACAGUUUCACUGAUUUUCACAUUGACUUUGGCGGCACGUCCGUAUGGUAUCACGUAUUGCGUGGCGAGAAAGUGUUCUAUCUUAUCAAACCGACAAUGGCGAACAUACAGUUGUACCAGCAUUGGUUGUGUAGUUCGACGCAGAGUGAAACCUUUUUCGGAGACCAGGCUGACGCGUGUUACAAAUGUAUACUUAAACAGGGCCAAACGAUGAUGAUUCCCACGGGCUGGAUACACGCUGUGUUCACGCCAGUGGAUUCCUUGGUUUUUGGUGGGAACUUCUUGCACAGUCUCAACAUUCCAAUGCAGAUACAAAUAUAUGAACUAGAGAGGAAGAUGAAGACACCUGCGAAAUUUCAGUAUCCUGGAUUUGAGACGAUUAAUUGGUUUGCAGCCAAGAAGAUGCUUAAAGAAUUAAAAGAUUUAAAUGGUGAAGGCAAGAAAUGUCCAGAGUACCACUUGCUAGGUAUAAAAGCCUUGCUCGCAAUUCUUAAGCAGUGGAACACGGACAAAGAUUACAACAUGACCAGUCGCGGACAAAUACCGGAGACAAUAAACAGUCAGAAGCUGUUGAAGGACCUUAGCAAGGAGAUACGGCACGCGGAACGUUACUUAAUAUCUCUGAACCCACCGAAGCCAGAACGUGAGAGUAAACGAAAAAAGAAGAAGCCGCUGAACAAGGAUUUCGUGGACUUCGCUUUCGCCGACAAGAUGAAGAAUAAUCCGUUUAAGGCGACGUUGAAAGAAACGAAUAAAACGGAAUCCGCGGUCGAGGGGCCGUUGCCGUCGAACAAUAGGCCGCCGUUGAAGCUGACGCUACCGAAACCCGUCGCGUAUCCCAAUAUUAAGCUGACUGCCACGGAGAAGCCACCCGCCGCCGGUAAUAAGCGAGUGUCCAAACCGGGUAAACAGAGCCCCACUGUGAUUAGAUUUAAGCUCGGUAACAACGAGGUUGUUAGAAGUACAAACGACAAUAUCGACGUGUAUGGAAACAUUGUGACUGACCACACGACGAUGGGGAGCAUCAAGGAGCAGCCGCUCGUGUGGAAUCAGACGUCCGUGUACGACUUUCACGACGGCAGCAACGAGAGCGACUACGGCAGGUUCACGAUAGACGAGUCGCAGAAGCGGAAACGAGCGCCGCGGGGGAACCCUCUGAAGCAGUUCAAGCACGAUUACGACGGGAACGUCGACAUACUGAACGACACGCCGAAGAACGGUAUAGAGGAGUUGCUGAAAGCGUCAGUGUAUACACUCGGCAACGGUACCCAAAGGAUAGACGUCGCGCCCUCGUCUACAAUUGCGCACUACAGUCAGCCUAUGCCGCCUCCCACUGGUUCUGGCAGGGCAUCACCGUCCACGCGGGAGGCGAUCGCUGGCAUGUUGUCGUUCAGCGAGCAGUGUUACUCGACAACGAGCGAUUCCGCGAAGUCAUCGAGGCCCGCCAAGAUGCAGCGCAAUAGCAACGAAGACGACGAGUUGAUAGAAAAUAUUGACAAGGUUCACCAAGACGAUGAUUUCAUUUACCCAGCUUUGGAUGCGUCUGACGACGAGGAAUACAUUUUCAAACCCAAGACGAAGAGUCAGAUCGACGAAGCGUGGAACCCGAAAGCCAGAGUAGGUCCUCUUCUACCUAAGACAAAUCGACCAGCACGGGAAGGUGUGAAGAAGACGUCCGUGGAGAAAGGCUUGGAAGCGGCUGCGGCGAAACGGGCGAAACAGUCGGAUGAAUAUCUGGAUAACGACAUGGACAAGAUCGCAAAGAAGAAAUUGAGUGCUGCAAAACGGACAUACAAUAAGAGGAAGCAAAAGGAUCCUGCAAUUAGCGCGGCAGGAACCACGUCUACCGCACAGUCUGAAAAUGCUAUCAAAUCGUCCAUCGGAUGCGGAUCGAUCCUGACGAGCCCUAAUAGACUAAGGGAUGUUAAAGCGAAGCUUGCGGCACCAGUUCCCGUUGAACGUAAGCCGAAGAAAGGGAUGAAAACGGCGAAGCAACGUCUGGGGAAGAUCCUGAAGAUCCAUAAAAUGAUGCACUAGGUAAAAUUAAGAUAAUAUCACGUAAGUGAAAAAGCAACACGUCAUUUUUCACUUGUGUAUAAAAUCGUGUAAUAGCUGUACAUUAUAACUGUAAAUAUAAAUGAGUUUUCCAUCAGGAUGACGCGUACGUUCACCUGAUAAAGAAAAACAAAAAGAAAAAAAGAAAAGAUCUAGUUUUAAAGAUUAGCGCCGUUUUCUAAAAGAUACUUAUAUUUAUUACUGCGUCGUUUAAUUUUAGGUGGAUAUUUAACGACUUUUGAUAUCUCGAUAUUUCAGUAAGACAAUAUUUACAUUGUAACAAUGGCUUACUGAUGCUUUACGUGACGCGACGUAACAGUUCAGUUGACAACGACACACAUUGGUGGCGAAGGGAAAACUAUAUCAACCUACAGUUUGUAAUGUAUACACUUUGUUAUUUCGAUAAGACCACGAUUUAAUUUACGGAUACUACAGCGUCAGGCAAAAUAAAUUACGAUUCGUAAUGAUUUUGCAUAUGCAUUUAUAUUUAUAUUAACGUACAUGAAAUAUAUGUGUGCACAUAUUUCAUGUAAGCACAUAUUUUCCCUGAAAGAAAAAUAUGUAUUUUGCCUGACACUAAUGACCAUAACUCAGAAGUUAUACGAGCUCUUACGGUUGCUUCGCCAAUAAUGUCCUAUAUGUUGAAUUCUCGGCGUUCUUUGCUGCUAAUAGAUUUUAGAUGAAGAGGUCAAUUGUAAGAGACGUUGACUUUCAAGUUUUGUUAAUGAUUAAUAACAGAUGACGUAAGCUUAGAGAUGACACAGCAGGAAGGAAACUAACAGUUUAUUUAGUACUGAAAAAUCUCUUCUUUGUUAUAACAGUUAGAAUUUAUCCGAGAUUUAAAGAUCAGAAGUGAUAGCCGUUCUUUUUUUACAAGUUGUGUAGCACUUCACAGUUAUUCUUAGUGACGUUGCUGUUUAGUUUAUACAUCACAGAGAGGCUGUAGGAUACUGAUUUAGUUUUCUAUAUACUUGUAAAAAGGAAGCAAAAAGAUAAUUAUAUCUGCCAGUGCAACGUUUUGUAUGUAACUUACAAAUAUGGUAAGGUGUGUACCUUGAUCGUUAUUGCGGAAUACUAAGCGUACUAAAGUAGCGUAAGAAAUCUUAUCGAUUGUUGUAUCGCACAGGAAAUUGAGUUACCUAAUACAUUGUACCUGUUUCCUAUGAUACAAAGUACGAGGUACAUGAAAGCAUAAAACAUUUGGACAAUUACGGUCUCUUAAGAUAAAGGAAAUUAUCUGCGAUUAUACGAAUUAUUUCUAUUUAAUAAAUAAGACUUUCCAAGUUGUUGAUAUUUCGAGAACGUUAACGACAACUUUAUGCAAAGAAAUGGAGGAAAAAUACGUUUUCUACUUAACGACGACUCACGUGCACAUUGAAAUUAGCCCGGGAAAAUUAAAUUCUUUGUACUCACGCUUAAUUUAUUCCUCUUCCAUAAAUCUUUUCUCACAUAUCUGAGAAAGUGAAAUUUAAUUAACGUAUAUUUAAAGUUUUUUAUAAAAGCAAUAUCGUGUGAUUUUAUCAAUAUUGAUAAGUUCUUGUUCACAAACUUUAAGAAUUUAGGUAUAAACCGAAAUUCUGAAAAAUUUUAAGAAUUUAAGCGUAAACUGAAAUUCUGUACUAAUGUAAGAUUUAUAAAAACGUCGAGAGAUAAAAGAGUUCACUUCGUAUUCCACUGUUAUAACGAUUAAAACUACUUACAGUUUAGUUUGUAUUAACGUAUAGAUCGCAAUAAGCAUUAUGAAUUAUAUUUAUCUUAUUGUUAGUAAAACACAACUGUACAAUUUAUAAGUUGCCGAAACGUGUGGCGAGCAGUUGCUGUACAAACUUGCAACAUCUAACGUGUCUUAAAUAAUUGACGUCCUUGUUGAUGCAUUAGACAAAUUCGCACACAAUCUUACAUAUUAAAUAUAAAUCGACAACGCAUCUGAGCGUUAUCGCAGAGUUUCACACUUGAUUUGGCACAUAUACCUGUUUCCUUUUAAAUGACGUCGCUUCGUCCUGCAUAGUGGUUUACGUUGCAAAGACCGAGCUACACUAUUAUUCUUAUAUUUCAGUGCAAUUGUUUGACAAGUUACUGUUUGUAAGUAUCUAUGUAUUGUAGGCUGUAUUGUAGUCUUUUAAGAGAUUUACAUGUCGCGUGUAAUACACUUUGUAUCAUCUUACAAGACAUACAUAUACACAUAUAUAUAGAUAUAUAGACAUAUAUAUAUUUUUUUACAGAGCAUUGAUCUUGUUAAUUUGUAUCGCGUCUCACUUUAUAUCUGCAUAUUUAUUUAAUGUCUUCACUCUUAUUGUACGCCUUCGUUCAACUUGACGACAUUCUACGCGAUUCGACGCGAGCAUUGUAUAUUUCCAUGUCACUCUUCACACAUCGGCGAUCGACGUGAACGCGCGAUUACAGAUUUUUAAAUCAGAAUCUCCGCGGCCGAAUCAGUGUAAUUUGUACGCGGGAUACGAACUUAUAGACUUUUGCCACGAAGGAUUGGUAUAUUUCAAAUGUGUUCACUAAAUUAUAGACUACAAUCUUGCAGAUUUUAAAUGUUCGAUCCCGAAUACAUUAUCGCGUAAACUGAAGACGAAAAAGAACAGAGUUAAAGAUAUAUAUUAGGGAUGAAAGUAAAUAACAUUUAUUUUCAUGAUGCGCUCUUUAUUCGUCGCUGAUAAAAGUAUGUAGCACUUUUUAUGUACGAUAGUAUACUUGAAGUGUAAGUACUCUAAGAUUCUUAGAUCGAUCUAACGAGAUGAAAACAAUUCCGUAGACGAUUUUUGAAUGCUUUUACAAUGCACAUUAAAAAAAGAAUUUAUAAGGA